CAUGGUGGAACAUGUUGUCGUAGACGCAGGAGGAUUGAAGAAAGCACUUCUUCAGGACAUCGGGAAGAAUAUCUACACGCUGAAGGAUGUAGUCGAGGAAAUUCGGGACAAGCCAACCCGGAGGAGCCUGUCAUUCCUACCAUAUCAACUCAACUUCAGAGAGCCGCACCCAGAGGACAUCAGAUUAGUGACUGAGUUCUCCAAGAAGACGGGAGACUACCCCAGCCUUUCUGCCACAGACAUCAAGGUGUUGGCUCUGACAUACCAGUUGGAGAGGGAAAACGUCGGGACGGACCACCUGAAGAAAGAACCUGAGGUCAAGGUCCAGGUGUGCAGUACAAGGAGACAUCCAGAGGCUCCCGUUGGCGUGGCAGGGUUCCACUUCCCCUCAAAGAGGCCAGCUGAUGGGCUGUUCAGUGGCAGACGGAGGCCAGCAGCACAGACACAGCACAGCUAUAACCCUCCAGAGAUCGGAGAGUACAACAGCUUCCAGUUCUGGAGGAAUCCUCUGCCCUGCUUCGACACCAAUCUGCUGGAACUAGUGAACAUUGAGGACCUGUCAAUAUCAGACAGUGGAGCAGCAGACACUGUCCACACAGAACCUGAGACCGGGUCAGAGGAACACAAACACUCAAAGAAUCAUUCAGAGGAGCACGGCAGUGGAUCGGAGGAGGAAGAGGAGGAGGAAGAGGAGGAUGGCGGCGGUUGGAUCACCCCUAGCAACAUUAAACAGGUCCAGAUGGAGACGGGGAUCUGGGCGUCGCCUGUGGACGUUAAAGUGGCGUGUCUCACCACCGACUUCGCUAUGCAGAACGUCCUGAUUCAGAUCGGGCUCCAUGUCCUCUCUGUGAAUGGGAUGCUGAUCAAACAGGCCAGGAAUCACAUCCUGCGAUGCCACGCCUGUUUUAAGACCACCACCAACAUGAAUAAGGUUUUCUGUCCACACUGUGGCAACAGAACGCUGAAGAAGAUAGCAGUGACUGUCAGCGAGGACGGAAACAUCCAGAUGCAUUUCUCAAAGAACCCCAAAGUGCUCAACCCCAAAGGGAAGAGGUACUCCCUGCCCCUGCCACAAGGGGGCAAACAUGGCAGCAACCCCCACCUGGUGGAGGACCAGCGUUUCCCCCAGCAGCGCGUGUCCCAUAAGGCCCGCCAGAAGACGGACGUCUUAAACCCAGACUACCUGGCCGGGGGCGGCUCACCUUUCUCUGAUCACGACAUCUACAGCCGCUCUGCCAACCUGCACAUCACAGACGGCGGAGGGGGAGGGGGUCGGAGGCGGGCCAACCCCAACGCUGCCCGCAAGAAGAAAUGUUGAUGAAUCGGAAGCCAUUUUCUUCAAUCUUCAUUUUCUACUAAAGAGAAAUCCCAGAAACUGAACUGUGAAGAUAGCUGGAUUUAAUACUGAUGUUUUGUAUAAAAUUAACAUUUUUUUUUUUAAAGGUAAACUUAAUGAAUUCCGGGUUCAAAAUAAUGUCAUACAGUAACUAAAACUACCAAGUUUGUAAAAGCCUGACGGUAUAUUUGCACUUUCAAGGCUUGUGUCUGUAACCUGCUCUGACAUUUGAUUGGUCUAAUUAAAAACACAGUUCAAGACG